CAUCCCAGUCUGAUCUGUGAAGGUAGGGCCAGCAGGCAGCACCAAAGUUCCCGUAUGCGCGUUUUCAGUCUUCAUUUAGGUCCGAAUUCCCGGCAUAUAAGAAUACUAUCUUCGCCUGUUUUCCGGAUUUUUGCGGCUAUUUUCCUUGGUGUGUUGGUCAUGUCUGGUCGCGGCAAAGGCGGAAAGGGACUGGGUAAAGGAGGCGCUAAGCGUCACCGUAAGGUCCUGCGAGAUAACAUCCAGGGCAUUACCAAGCCUGCUAUCCGGCGCCUUGCUCGUCGCGGGGGUGUCAAGCGCAUUUCUGGUCUCAUCUACGAGGAGACUCGCGGGGUUCUGAAGGUGUUUCUGGAAAACGUGAUUCGUGACGCUGUGACUUACACGGAGCACGCCAAACGCAAGACAGUGACAGCGAUGGAUGUGGUCUACGCGCUGAAGCGACAGGGACGCACUCUUUACGGCUUCGGCGGCUACCUUGGUACCUUCGGACACUGCGUGCUUGGCCAGCUCUCCGGGAAGCAGCAGACGCACGGCGGUCUGGAUCUCCCUGGAGGUAAUGGUCGAGCGCUUGUUGUAGUGGGCCAGACGGGAAGCCUCGCCUGCGAUGCGCUCGAAGAUGUCGAAGCCACUAUGUCUGGACGUGGAAAGCAAGGCGGCAAAGCUCGGGCAAAAGCUAAAACGCGUUCUUCCAGGGCCGGGCUUCAGUUUCCAGUUGGCCGUGUGCACCGCCUCCUCCGCAAAGGCAACUACUCCGAACGAGUCGGGGCCGGCGCUCCAGUGUACCUGGCAGCGGUGCUGGAAUAUCUGACGGCCGAGAUCUUAGAGCUAGCUGGCAACGCGGCUCGCGACAACAAGAAGACCCGCAUCAUCCCGCGCCACCUGCAGCUAGCCAUCCGCAACGACGAGGAGCUAAAUAAGCUUCUAGGUCGCGUGACCAUCGCGCAGGGCGGUGUCCUGCCCAACAUCCAGGCCAUCCUACGGGAAAUUGUGUUCAGACGAACUAUGGCGCGUACUAAGCAGACGGCUCGUAAAUCCACAGGCGGUAAAGCACCGCGCAAACAGCUGGCCACUAAGGCAGCUCGCAAGAGCGCUCCGGCCACAGGCGGCGUGAAGAAGCCCCAUCGCUACCGCCCUGGUACCGUGGCUCUGCGCGAGAUCCGUCGCUACCAGAAGUCCACCGAGCUUCUAAUCCGGAAGCUGCCGUUUCAGCGCCUGGUGCGAGAAAUCGCUCAGGACUUCAAGACCGACCUGCGCUUCCAGAGUUCCGCGGUGAUGGCGCUGCAGGAGGCCUGCGAGGCCUACUUGGUGGCGCUUUUCGAGGACACCAACCUACUAAGAGUUGUUUGUUUUUCGAUUAUGUCUGGUAGAGGCAAAGGUGGUAAAGGUUUAGGAAAGGGAGGCGCCAAGCGCCAUCGCAAAGUGCUGCGUGACAACAUCCAGGGCAUCACGAAGCCCGCCAUUCGUCGCUUGGCCCGACGCGGCGGCGUGAAACGCAUUUCGGGCCUCAUUUAUGAGGAGACCCGCGGUGUUCUUAAGGUGUUCCUGGAGAAUGUGAUACGGGACGCCGUAACCUACACGGAGCACGCCAAGCGUAAGACAGUCACUGCAAUGGAUGUUGUCUACGCGCUCAAGCGCCAGGGACGCACUCUGUACGGCUUUGGUGGCUGAGCCUCACCCCGGCUUUUUAUUUAACAGCUUACCCAUAAAAGGCCCUUUUCAGGGCCGCCUUCUUCGUCACACGAAGGUCUGUAACUGAUGACGACUUGGGUUUCGAUUUGUAAACUUGGGAUUCUAGCUGAGUUAAACCGAGCCGUUUUUAGCGAUCCUCCCAAGAUGGCGGAUGUGCUAAGGAGAAAGGGAAGGCGAAACAUUAGAAACUUGUUCAGGUAUUUCGAUCGCAAACAUUCACAGGAAAAGAUGGUGGAAAU